AUGGGACGGCUUGUUCACCUAGGAGCUCUCGCCUGCCUGUACCUGGGCGCGGAGUCUAAGGCGUUGAGAUGGCAGGACGACACCCCGAGCUGGGUGCCCCCCAAGCAAACCAUUGCCGCGAUGAACAUGGAGGAGCUCGGGUUCAGUCCCAGGCCUACAACAGCGCCCGAUCCGGCCAAUGUUGAACUGAAGCUGGCCAAGCGUGUGAGAGGCGACGACACUUGUGGUUACAUUUCUGGUGAAUCCACCAAUUCCAUCUACUGCGAGGUCGGAACUUGUGUCAUCAACAGCUUCUACUCUGUGGUUGGGUGCUGCGCGUCCUCCGCGUUGACGGACUGCAGGAUUGCCACCAGCUGUCUCCCGUCCUCUUCCUCAAGGCUCUACACCAGCGGUGACACACUCAUGCGGUUCUGCUCUGCUUCAGCACAGCCCGAGUGCAUCACCUACGUCUACUCUGGUUCGGACUUCAAUCGAUAUACUCUCUACGGAUGCGCAGUCAGUGAACAGAGAGUCGUCGUCUAUGCCAAUCCAACAGACUCCUCCGUCACGGAUGAGGCCACCACAUCCGAUCCGUUAGCAAGGUCUAUCCAACCCACUGCCUCUCUUACCGACACGGGCGCCCUGUCUCCGGCAUCCUCAACUGCCUCUGCGUCAGGGGGGUCCGGCAGUGGCGGCGGCGGGUCAUCCACCCCCGUAGGCGCCAUCGUCGGCGGUGUUGUCGGAGGCGUAGCCGCCAUCGCCCUCAUCGUCUUCGGCAUCAUUUUCCUCCGCCGCAAGAAGAAGAAGGACGCGGCCGCAAACAACACCAACAGCCAGGCUGCUCCUGCCACAUAUAACGGUCCUCCGCCACCUCAGCAGGGACAGCCGCAGAUGUACCAGCAACCCAUGGCCCCGCCGACGCAGCAGUCGUCACCGGGAGGCUACGCUCCUCCGCCCCACCCUUCCCAGGACAGCACCUACCCGCAGGGUUUCGCGCCUGUGGACAACAGACAAAGCAUGCUUAAGCAGCCGUACGAUGUCACGACGGGCUCGUAUGAGCAAACCGGCGUCAGCCCCCCGGCGAGCCCGCCGCCCUUGAGCCCCUCGCCGACGUACCAGUCCGGGGUUCCGCAGUACGUUGCGACUCAGAACGCGGUUAGCCCGACAUAUCCUCCCCCACAGCAGCAGCAGCAGCAGCAUCAAGGGAGCUACUAUAACGCGCCGCCGCCACCUGCGCAGGGACAGCCGGCGCAUCCGCAGCAGCAAUACCAGCAGCCCGGUUUCACGUCCGAGCUGCCUACUCAUAGGGGCGACAACGAAUUGCGGGAACUGGCUUAG